AUGGCACGACAUCAACAAGAUCAAGCUACUAUGUUUAGAGAUUUAUUGAGGGCAGUGCAAGACUUGGGCAGGCAGCAGGCUCAGGCGGCACCUAGUAAUGCAACAGGAGGUGCUAACGCCAUGAGCUCAAUCGUUGAGCAGUUUCGUCGUUUUAAACCCCCGUCCUUUGAUGGUAAAGGUGACCCUUUCGCAACUGAGGAGUGGCUGAGAAGACUUGAAGGGAUCUUCGAGCACAUGAACUGUAGUGACGCUCAAAAGGUUUCAUGUGCAAAGUUCAUGUUGACUAACGAUGCUGGACAUUGGUGGGAUUCCGAAACACGUACUAAAACUGCAGAACAACUAUGUAAUCUUACUUGGGGUCAAUUCAAGGAGUCGUUGAUGGGUAAAUAUUUUCCCCAGCCAUUGAGGGAUCAAAAGGAGGUAGAAUUUCUCCAACUCACGCAAGGAAAUUUGCCACUUGGGGAGUAUGAAAGAAAAUUUGAACAGUUUUCUAGAUAUGCUCCACACAUGGUAAACACUGAGCUGACGAAGAUUAAAAUGUUUGAAAUGGGAUUAAAGCCAGAGAUUAAGGGAAUCAUGGCAGCCCAGCAACAUACUACUUAUGCGGAAGUUGUACGUCGAGCACAAGCAAUUUCUAAUGGUUUAGGAUUGGAAAAGAAACCUCAACCCAACACCGAGACUUCUAUAAAGAGAAAGUGGCAAGGUCACGACAGAGACAGGAAUCAGAAUCAGAAAGUAAAGAUUUGGUCAAGCUCAAACAAAACUUUUCCUCAAUGCUCCAAAUGCAACAAGCGACACUUGGGAGAAUGUCUUCGAGGAAAGGGAUUAUGCUACAUUUGUGGUAAAAGUGGCCAUUUUCUUAGAGAAUGUCCAGAGAAGAAGAAAGAAGGUGACCAUCUUAAGAAGGGAAAGGCCAGAGUAUUUGUUUUGAUGGGAGAAAAUGAGGAUCAGAACACAGACGUAAUAACAGGUAUGUUACCAGUAUUCGACAUACCUGCUAUUGUUCUUAUGGAUUCUGGAUCGAUUCAUUCAUUUAUUUCUAUAAUUUUUAUGGAUAAGAUUGGAAGUAAAUGCAUAGAAACAAAUAACAUUCUAGAAGUUAAUACACCCUCGGGCGAUGUCAUUAAUACUGAUCAAAUAAUUAAAGGUGUUAAGUUAGAGAUUGAAGGAAAAGUACUAAAGGCAGAUUUGUACAUCUUGGGAAUGAAAGACUUUGAUAUAAUUUUGGGUAUGGACUGGUUGGGUAGAAACUAUGCAACUAUCGUAUGCCAUAAGAAUGAAGUCUUAUUUCAAAAACCUGGAAAAGAAAAAUUUCGAUUCCUUGGAGCAAGAAUUAGGACUCUACCCCGAUUGAUAUCUGCAAUGAAAGCAGAAAAGAUGUUGAGGAAGAAUACGUGUUGA